CAGGCAAUUAACUAUAUUUUCUUUUGCUUCAGGUAAUCCUGUGAUGGAUACCAAGGAUGUUACACAUCUGUACCAGGAGAUACGGGAGGCAAAUUAUGUCAAAGACUGGAUAGUAUGCCCAGUGCCACAAGCUGCCAUAGACUGCUGCCUGGCUGAGGAGACCCUGUCAGUCAGCCAGAGGACCAAUCCAAGGUCGGCCCAGGAGUUCAAUGUCCCCUCCAGCGAGCCCAUGGGUGGGCCAGAUAGGCAGGUUCAGUCUCUGAGCAGUCCCCCUGGAGAAACCCACCAUAGAACCCACCCUGGAGAUGGACCUCAGUCCAGCCCAGCCGACCUUGGAGGUCAACCCAGCCCAGCUGUGGAAGAGGAGGCCCAGGCCCGGCCAGGCUCUGCUGUGCAGUCAGUCGUGUUCCAGAGAGCUCCAUCAUUGGACAGUCUACUGGAGGCCAACCACUCUCAAGUCUUGAUCAGCGCUCCAACCGAUGACGUCAUCAUCGUCCACUCUGCGAACCUUCAGGAGACCAUUGUCUUCCGAAGCGACAGUCGGACAUAUUCAGGUGUAUCUCCCCGAGGUAGUUUGACCAGGAUUCCUUCGGUUGGUGAGGUUGUUAAGAUUGGGGUGAAUGACACAACAGAGGUGAUGUCUGAUGUGGUGGUGUUCCACCAAGUGCCCUCAGUGGAGAACCUGCCUUGCACGCCGUCUGCCUUGAUUAAUACCUCUUUAGCUGCUGAGGAAACAGUGGAUCAGGUGAUGAGAAGCAGAGAAUUCUUACUGGAGAAUGUGGCGUCUGGCUCGCCAUCCAUUAAAAUGGUGGCUUCAGCUGCAGCUUUGCAGCAGGCAGACACAGAGAAAGUAUCCUCCUCAGAGAUAGUGGGAGUCGGCGCAGCACGGAGAGUGUCCUCAGUCAGGAUACCCAGGGGAGAGGAGAGUGUGGGGAGAACAGUUGAGACACUAAAGAGAUACACAUCUCCACAAAUAUCUCUUCUGUCAGCUCAUUCUGCUGAAUAUCUAAAGGCUACAUACAAGCCAUCCACCUCCAGCCUUGCCAGGGUUUCCUCUGCACCUUGUGGUGAGAGAGAGGCAGCAGCAACUAUUUCACCUAAAUCCAGUCUGGCCAGGGUUUCCUCUGUCUCUACUGGUGAGAGAGCAGCAGAACCAGCCUGUAAAGAAGUCUUCUCUAAUGUGGAGGAGACUUACACAUUACCAUCAACAGAGGACCUUCUGGUGUCUUCAACUGCUUCAGUUGGUAGAAUUUCACCAGAGGUGUCUGCAAUAUAUUCCGAAAGUGUUUUAUCAGGAAGCGCUUUCUCUGAACCAGAAAUAGUUGGUGCAGCACACAGAGUGUCCUCAGUCAGGAUACCCAGUAGAGAGGAGAGUGUGGGGAGAACAGCAGAGACAGCAGAGAGAUGCACAUCUCCCAGAGAAUCUACACAGGCAUCUUUUGUGUCAGACUCUCCAGUGAUGUUUGAAGAAGAUGACUGGUGUGUAAUCACCACUCACUCUGCUUCAAUGAAGAAAGCUGUCAAAUUGGGCCACUCAGAAAAUAUCUCUCCUAUUACUUCACCCAGCAUAGACCUGGCCUGGGAGGAGCUUCUGCAGACAUCAGCAUCCGUCGUGGAUAAAGUAGCCCUCAAGGCUUUCGAGAUUGUGAACCAAAAAUUACAAUGCUCAGGGAUGGAGAUAUCUGAAUUGGCCUCAUCCAACCCUGUGGUUGUGUCUCAGUCUCUUAACACUCUCUCUUAUAAGGAUCUCUCUCACUCGCCUUCAGCUGUGGAGGAAUUCUCUACUGCCACAGCAAGACGCUCAGAAGGUGACAUCACUGAAAGAGCUCCCUCUGAAACAGCAGUAGAGGGAGAAGCAAUCUCUGUUCGGGAGAUUACUCCAGCAGUGUCUGCAAGGUGUUCUGCCAGUAAUGUAUCAGAAAUAGUUCCCUUUGAAACAGUAGUUUUGGGAGCAGCAGUACCAUUAAUGGAGGAGCUAUCAGAGUCACGAACUGCAUUUGCCUUUGUGGGUGAGGCUUCACCAGCAGUGUCUGCCAAUGAUGUAUUAGAAAGAGCUCCCUCUGAAACUGCAGUAGUGGGAGCAGAGCUACCAGAGAGACACACAACUCCAAAAGUAUCUCCACAAACAUCAUUUGUGUCAGCUUAUUCUGAUGAAUUGCUGAAUGCUACAAACCUGUCACCUCAAUCCAGCCUGGCUAGGAUUCCCUCUGGAUAUAUCAGUGAAGGUGUGUCACCAGCAGUGUCUGCAGUAUGUCCUGCUAGUGACUUACCAGAACGAGCUUCCUCUGAAACCACAGUAAUGGAGUCAGCGCCCAGAGGGAUCCACUCUGCACCAUCAAUGGAUGAGCUACUGGUUUUACCAACUUCUGUUGAUGGGUUUUCACCAGCAGUGUCUGCAAGAUCUUCAAGAGGUACUUUGUCAAAAAGAGCUCCCUCAGAAACAGCAGUGGAGGGGGUAAGAUAUUCUGAAAGUGGUUUAUCAGGGAGCGCUUUCUCUGAAACAGAACUAGUUGAUGCUGCACAGAGAGUGUCCUCAGUCAGGAUACCCAGUAGAGAGGAGAGUGUGGGGAGAACAGCAGAGACACCAGAGAGACACACAUCUCCCAGAGUAUCUCCACAGACAUUUUCAGAGUCAGGUACAGAAUUCAUCCAACUCUGUGAUAUACUACUAAUAAGGUCCAUGUCACUAAUUCAGGUAAAAUGUUAAAGAAAAUGUCAGGAUAGCAUCACAACAUACAAAAAACCCCCGGUAUUUCCUCAACUCAUGCUGACGUUACUCCAACAGCUACAGGCUUGUCAUCUAAGCCAGGGCCCCCUCUGAGUGAUUGUCCAACAGAGUCAGGCUCUUUGGAAGUCAUCUUUAAUAUGGAGGAGACUUAUACAACACCAUCUAUGGGGGAGAUUGUUCCUCCAACUCCUGCUGGGGAUGGCAUUUCUGCCUCUACUGAUGAAAGAGCAGCAGAAUCAGCUUCUAGAGAACUGUUGUAUAUGGAUGAGACGUAUAAACCACCAUCAAUGGCAGACCUACCAGGAUCCCCAGCUGCUGUUGGAGGCAUUUCACCAGCAGUGUCUGCUGGAUGUUCACAAAGUGACAUGGCAGAAAAAGCUCCCUCAGAAACAGCAGUAGGCAGACACACAUCUUCCAGAGUACCUCCUAAAGUUCCUCCACAAACAUCCUGGA